AUGGCAGCACCUCCCUUCGACCCGUCCCAUCUUGCCGCCAACCCCUUCGACAUCUACAAUGAUGCGCCCAUUAUCAGGACUCCCAACCCCGUCCUUCCCGGAGGCAGCUGCAACUUUGUGGACCUAACUCCAGGUGCCAAUGGAGCCAAGUGUGGAUGCCGUCGCUUCUGGAGUCGUGGCAAUGGAAACAACCUGGCGCCGGACCAGGCCCAUUGGUGCAUGUGUAACCACCAUGCUUGCUACCAUGAGGAAGGGGACCGAGAUGGCACGUUUCUCGACGUCCAUUCUAUACAUAUCCUCGGCCAGGAGAAUGAGAAGCCCAGGACUGGUCGAGAACCAUUGAGCCCCGUUAUGGACCUGACCCUUAAGACCCCGCCGGCCGUACCUGGAAUGGAUUUCCCAAGCUUCAAUGGUGGAGGAACCCUGUCCUUUGUCAACAGGACUCCCGAGGACGUUGGCCCAUACCCGAGGAUCCCUGCGAGUCCAAACACUGGUGCUUCCAUGCCUGAUACGUUGAGUUGGGGUGGCCUAAUACAGUCCCAACCGCAAGCCACCCUAAUGCCCCCAAUUCCAUCACAGUGUAUGAUGCUCUCUCAGACCGCCUCCACGACAUCUUCGGCCCAGGCCAAAUACUUGCGACCCUUUGCGGGAAGAGGUCUCCAGACACUAAGUGGCGUCGUUGCACCGAAACCACCACAGACACAUAUACAGGAUAAACCCCAAGUCUUAAACUCGGCCGUGGCAGCUGAUGGACCUGCCGCACAAGCCGACUCCUUUGUGUUUGUUACCCAGGAUCAAUGCGGCCCGGAUACUCCACAGGCGGACACCCCCACGCAGGCUGAACCCCGAGUCGCUGGGUUCAAUGCCGUCUCCCGUCGUGCCUUUCAGAAUCUAUCCGAGACUGUCAGUGGCCAUGACCAGCGCCUGGAUAGGCUGGAGACCGUAUCAUUCGCAGCACCGGGCCAUGAGGAAUGUCAUGACAAGCAUGAUCAUGCGGAUAUCCGCAUUACAGACCUUGAGUGCAGGAUUGAUGAGGUUGAGAAGCUCGCCAACGAAGCCAAUAGCGUCGGUUCUCGCCGCGGUGAUGAUGCCAGCCUGGUAUCAGUCUCAACCAAUACGACGAGUCGACCAACUCACUCCCAAGAACUCUACAGUCAGGUUCAGUCACUGCAAGCUCAGGUUGUUCACCUUCAGUCACUGAUGCCGUCGCCGAACCACCCGUGGGAAGUCGAGGUCGUUUUCUUACCUUUCCCUCUUAAGAAGGUUUGGCAGGAAGGUCAUGAAUUCAAAACCGAGCCUCUAAUCACCAGCGACGACUGGACUCAGCUUCCUAUGACGCACAGCACCACGACGCUGCGGUCUCAGUCGCCGCUCUACGCUGAUUGGACCAACUCCAACCAUGAUGCGAAGUGGUUGUUGCCCAAGGCUUACAGCGACAAGAGCAUUGUUGACCAGCGGCUGCGAAGCCGGGGGCUAAUCAAGACUGUCACUGUCAGGGGAUCAGACGCUAUGAGCGUCACAAUGGCCAUGAAUAGUGCGUUUGGUAGCGUUUUUCGCGAGAUGGAGAUGUUCUCGCGCCCGCAAGCCCCUGACCCGCGCAUCACAUCGUUCCUGGGCCUCCAGUCGGCUUGGGUCCCCUUGCGUAAGGUUCAUAAGGAUUCGCGACUGCGGUUCCUCAGUCCUGCCGAGAUGACGACGCACGCCCUCUGGGAUGUUCAGUUCCUGAACUCUGUUAUGAUGAGGUCGUCUGAACCUAGAUUGUUCAUCACCCAUCCAGACGCCUACCUCCAGGACUUCCAGGCAUACGAAACUGGGUGGACAUGGCAAAGGCUCAAGGAAAUGAACCAAGUAUAUCCUGACACCGAUGAAUCGCAGAGCGCAGCUGAGAAGGAUGCUUUCGAAAGUGUGUGGUCGUGGAAUGAACAACUGGAUGAACCGCCCAGCACACAUACCUCAAUUAGCUUGCGCAAUGAGCGGCAGCAAACAUCGUCCUCACCCUCUCAACAAUACUUUCCGGCGGUCCAGACAUUCCGAUCCUCGAGCCCCAUGGUCACCCGUGACCAUUCGCCCAUGUUGGCAAGCAGAAGGGGAUCCCGACCACCUCAUAUUAGAACCACUUCCACGCCCAUGCCUGCACCGUCACGAAACUCACCGGCCACAAGCGCGCGUCGAGUCGCUUCGUACGGACAGAGUCGACGACCUUCUCCAGCCGUGCACGCCACAUCCCAGGCAGCCAUAACGAAGCGUCGGCGAAACACACGGUCACCAAGCUAUCAUCGAUUCACUCCGAGAUGGACAGCCUCGCCAAGUCCAAUGCCUUUUGGACUUGCUGAUCGCCAGCCCGCGAGAGGGACCACACCAUUUGCUUACGCCACCCCGUUCAGCAACGCUCCCCUCCAAGAAGUUCGGGGUGUCCAGGGCAGCAGUGUGGCACGGGUCGCUCCGGAGUAUGCCUCUGACGAGGAUCCAGACUUCAAUAUUGAGAUUUAUGAAAGCGGAUCGGAAGGUUUAUAUGAAGACAACGAGAGUAUCGCAAGUAUCGACGAUAUGGCCCAAGUUGAGGUUAAUGCGAGCAGCGGUUCUCUACGCCGACAACUGCCGGAAGACGAGCCUUGGCCAGGGAUCGAGGACCAGGAUCAGCUUUCAGAUGGGGAGAAUAUCGACCCCCGGGAAGCAGACCACGACAGCAAUGCUAGCAGUCAGCCGUCCGAAUAUCCCAGCACCCAGACCGCAUGGCCCGCAGAUGAUGCUGCUGGGUUUCAUAUUCACGAAGAUGAUGAGCAGAGACGAUGA